CUAAGCCCCGCCCACACGAAACACAGCCGUCAGAGCGUUUUGUCUACAGAGAUAGCCGAGCCAAGUUAUUAAAGGAAGCUUUCCCAAGCAUGCUGUCUUUGGCCAUGGUGGGCCAAGCAAGAGCCCAAAGACUUGUGACACAAACUUGGAGGAGAUUUAUGAAGGACAGCAGAUGUUUCACUACCUCAGCUUCUCAUGGAAACGCUUCAUCCUCACCUUCAGCCAAUCAGAAAACCCCUUCCUAUAGCUAUGUAAUUGUUGGGGCAGGAUCAGCAGGCUGCGUCCUCGCCAACCGUCUCACAGAAGACGCACAGGAGUCUGUGUGCUUGUUGGAGGCUGGGCCCAAGGACAAGUGGUUAGGAAGCUCACGGCUUUCAUGGAAGAUCCACAUGCCAGCUGCGCUGACUUACAAUCUCUGUGAUGACAAAUAUAACUGGUACUACCACACUUUACCUCAGGCCCACAUGGACAACCGGGUUAUGUAUUGGCCCAGGGGUCGUGUUUGGGGAGGUUCCUCCUCGCUUAACGCCAUGGUUUACAUCCGUGGGCAUGCCGAGGACUACAACCGCUGGCAGAGAGAAGGUGCAGAUGGCUGGGACUACGAGCAUUGUCUGCCUUACUUCAGAAAAGCCCAGUGCCAUGAACUGGGAGAAAAUAGGUACAGGGGUGGAAGUGGGCCCCUUCAUGUGUCCAGAGGAAAGACCAACCAUCCCUUGCACAAGGCUUUUAUUGAAGCAAGCCAGCAGGCAGGAUACCCCUUCACUGAUGACAUGAACGGACACCAACAGGAAGGCGUUGGCUGGAUGGACAUGACCAUCUACAAAGGGAAGAGGUGGAGCACUGCCAGCGCUUACCUCAGACCUGCACUGAAUCGACCCAAUCUGAAGACGGAGGUACACUGCAUGACCACCAAGAUCUUGUUUGAUGGCAAACGGGCAGUGGGGGUGGAGUACGUGCAGAAAGGAGAGAAAAAAAGAGUGUUUGCAGAUAAAGAAGUGAUCUUGAGCGGAGGCGCCAUAAAUUCCCCUCAACUUCUUAUGCUUUCUGGUGUGGGAAACGCAGAUGACCUGAAAGACCUCGGUAUUCCCGUCACUCAGCACUUGCCAGGUGUCGGCAGUAAUCUACAGGACCACUUGGAGCUGUACGUCCAGCAGCAGUGUACUCAGCCCAUCACCUUGUACAAGGCCCAGACGUUUUUCCACAUGAUCAAGAUCGGCCUCGAGUGGCUCACUCUUUUCACUGGCUACGGAGCAACAGCCCACUUGGAGAGCGGAGGGUUUAUCCGCAGUCGACCGAGCGUCACACACCCUGACAUUCAGUUUCAUUUCCUACCCUCACAAGUCAUUGACCACGGCCGGGUUGCUUCAAAGAUAGAGGCCUAUCAGGUUCACGUUGGCCCAAUGAGAAGCACUAGUAUAGGCUGGAUGAAGCUGAAAAGUCCCAAUCCUAUGGAUCACCCGAUCCUCCAGCCAAACUAUCUCUCAACUGAUAUUGAUGUGUGGGAGUUCAGGCAGUGUGUCAAACUGUCCAGAGAAAUUUUUGCCCAGACGGCCUUUGACCCGUUUCGCGGUCCCGAAGUCCAACCUGGCGCUCGGGUCCAGUCGGACGCCGACAUUGACGCCUUCGUCCGCCAGAAGGCGGACAGCGCCUACCACCCCUCCUGCACCUGCAAAAUGGGCUCCGCCUCUGAUCCGAUGGCGGUGGUCGACUCGAACGCGCGAGUCUUGGGUCUGGAGCGGCUGCGGGUGGUCGACGCCUCCAUCAUGCCCAGCAUUGUGAGCGGGAACCUGAACGCCCCCACGAUCAUGAUCGCGGAGAAGGCAGCUGAUAUGAUCAGAGGUCUGCCUCCUCUCGCGGACCCGGGGGUUCCUGUGUACCAGCCUCCCACACUUGAGACGCAGAGAUGAUUGGCAGAUAGCCGAGCGGGUGAUUGAGCUGCGCAGGCAGUUAUCAGGUGGGAGCACCAGUGAAUUUAAUCAACAAAAAUCAAAAAAAGUGACUAAGUUUUAUUUUAACUUUGAUUAUUUUUUUUUACGCACUUUCCUGCACCAUAAAUAAGUGCGUUUGAAGUCUUUCUAAUGUCUUUUAAUGUUAAUGAUUUAAGUUUGAUAAUAUGCAGUCAGUCAUCAGAUUAGGUUCUGGCCGUUGGGACCGGUAUUUUAGGUGACCUUUACAGCGCUGCCUACAGCCGCACUGCGCCGCUACACAGGCCUCACCGUUUUAAACGUAGUUUUUAUUACAGCCUGCUCGGCCGCAGCUGUGCAAUUAAUGCAAAUUGUUUCUUGCAAACUCUAAAUAUGGAAAGGGGUUUUGUUUAAAUCAACUAAGACAUUGAUUCUAGAGAAAAGCA